AUGAACCAUACCAAGGGUGGCUUGGUGAUCUUCACUGCCAACUCUCACCCCUCGAGCCGCGAGCUGGGCAAGAGGAUCUCUGAGAGGCUUGGGGUGGAGCUUGGCAAAGUGCAGGUGUACCAGGAAGCUAAUAAAGGGCUCACCCACCUGAUCACCAUGGACCUCCAUCAGAAGGAGAUUCAAGGCUUCUUCAACAUUCCCGUGGAUAAUCUGAGAGCUUCUCCCUUCCUGCUUCAGUACAUACAGGAGGAGAUCCCAGACUACAGAAACGCCGUCAUUGUUGCCAAAUCUCCAGCUUCAGCUAAGAGGGCUCAGUCGUUCGCCGAGCGGCUGCGUCUGGGCAUCGCUGUGAUCCACGGGGAAGCUCAGGACGCCGAGUCGGACCAGGUGGAUGGACGACAUUCCCCACCCACCGCCAAAACCACCGGAGCCAUUCACCCCAGCAUGGAGAUCCCACUGCUGAUCCCUAAAGAGAAGCCCCCCAUCACCGUGGUGGGAGACGUAGGCGGACGCAUCGCCAUCAUCGUGGAUGACAUCAUCGAUGACGUCGACAGCUUCGUGGCAGCAGCAGAGACGCUGAAGGAGAGAGGGGCCUACAAGAUCUUCGUCAUGGCAACGCAUGGCCUCCUGUCCUCCGAGGCCCCCAGGUUCAUAGAAGAGUCUGCCAUCGAUGAGGUUGUGGUGACCAACACGAUUCCCCACGAGCUGCAGAAGCUCCAGUGUCCAAAGAUCAAAACGGUGGACAUCAGCUUGAUCCUGUCGGAGGCCAUCCGCCGCAUCCACAACGGGGAGUCCAUGUCGUAUCUGUUCCGGAACAUCGGGGUGGACGACUGAACCGUCUGAUGCAUAUUUAUACUGCUGUUUGUUUUCAUCCCUGUGGGAACACUCCGUACCCCCCCCCCCCUCCAA